CGCUGUAACCUUUCCGGGAACAUAAUCAUAUUUAUUAGAAGACAGUUCCGCUCAUUCAAAAAUAAAUGCUGCUCAUGAUCAUACACUACAGUCACCACGCUCAAGUAGCGAUGUUUUUUUCCGUAAAUACACUGUUCUGGCAAAAAUACCGAACCUGUUGAUCUGAGCACAAUUUAAAUAUUUCAUAAUUGUGCAACGCCGGUGAUUGCGGUGUUAAUGUCGAUCACUAGCUCUACUAGUUGCACGAGCAACAUAAUUGCAUAACUUUGAAGUGUGGUUUGUAUUGACGAGUCGACGUACCGCGUUUGCAGUUGGCAUCAUAUUAUUCUAAGCCGUUUACCAAUACCGUCAGCGCACCUCGAACCGCCCCACAUAUAUAUAUCUAUAUACGUAUUUUCACAUACGGUGUACAUAUAAUUAUACCUUGGUGUCAUCUUAUUGGAGUGUGCCACACGUGCAUUUCAUAUGAUGUUUUUGCUGAUCAUGUGCAGUUGUUCUCGACGUAAUUUGCAUCGCGUUCGUUCAAAUGGACAAUUUCAGAGUGUCGAAAUAAACUAGCUGGAUUUACCACAAACUGUCAUGCACAACUGAUUACUCAAGUGAUUUCGUUUUUCGUGCUGAUGAUUACACACCGUCGACAACGGAACCCAAUUAGUGAAUGCAGGAGCUUCACAAUAAAUCUUCUGCCACUGCAGACGAGAAAGUGAUGCGCACAAUGUGACAACCUUAAUGUUGCAUGGACAGUGUCCAGUUCAAAAAUGUGUGAUCUGCGGCACAGUUGUUUUGGAAUUCGAAUCAGCCGCAAUUUGGAUUACGGUAUUCGUAAUCCAUAAAAGCAUCAAAUUUGAUCAACAAUUCCCACCGGUAACUGUUGCGGAAUAUAAUGUCCAUAUUCCGUGUCCUUUUAUUGGGUGAUUCAGGAGUUGGAAAAUCUGCCCUAUCUGUGCGAUAUCUGACUCGACGAUCUGGGGAAUAUAUGUCGGACACAGAUUUGCUGUAUCGGUGUGGCAUCCAACUGGAAAACGAUCUGCUUGCUUUGGAAAUUUUGGAUCCUUGCACCAAUGCAAAGGUGAACACCGUUUACGAUGACGAACAGCAAAUACUGUGGAGCGACGCCGUCAUCAUCAUGUACAGUAUUACCUGCCGCGAUUCCUUCCGAAUCGCCUUUAAACUCUUACAGAAGCUGCAAAAGUUAAAGGAGAAAAGCCUGACUUCGGUGAUAUUACUGGGUAAUAAGCGGGAUUUACUGCAUCGUCGGGAUGUGGCCCUGGUGGAAGGUCAACGUGUGGCGGAGACGUUCGGCUGCCAGUUUUACGAGAUUUCAGUCGCGGAAAGUUUCAUGGGGGUCAGUCUGGCAUUCGAGAGCAUCCUCCGCGAAAUCCGAGCUAUCCGUCUGGGCAGUCCCAAAACACUGCCCAGACGAGCGGGACUGGGUCUGGUUUCCGUGUCGAAAAUGAUCGGUGCCAUGUUUGGCAAGUCCAACAAGUACAAAAAACGUCCGUCUCUAUCGCUGUAAAUAGUGGGAUGCAAGACCAAGAAGUGAGUUUAUUAUUCUGGAUUAGCAAUUUUUAUUUGCAACAUGCUGCUGAUGUUUCGCUCUGACAGACAUUUGCGACUGUGCUUGCUCAUAUUAUUUGCGCUACAUCUUUUGUUAAUUAUUUAAUUUUAUAAACUGCAUACACACAGAUUGACCAACUAUGUGUUACUUACUUACAGUAAGACGUUGAUGCUGUGGAAGCGAUAAUCUUGAUGCUUUUGGUUAACUGUAAAAAUUAUCAAUAGAAAACUAUGGGUGUUCUGAAGUUCUUCCG